AUGGAGAAUGGUUCUACCACCAUGAAGGACCUUCAGCUUCUUGGACUUCAAGAGAUGGAAGGACUUAAAUAUUUUUACUGCCCCCUUCUUAGUGUUAUCUAUUUGUGUAGUUUGAUGUUGAGUAUUUUAAUUGCGUUUGUGGUAUCGACUAACCGCAGCCUUCACGAACCCAUGUACAUUCUCAUAUGUAACCUGGUGCUCAACGGCAUUGUUGGCAGCUCCUCGUUUUUCCCAAAAUUAGUGACGGACCUUUGGACUUCCUCCAAGACCAUUUCCCGUGAUGGCUGCCUGACCCAAAGUGUAUUCAUCAUGGAUUGUGCCUUCUUCGAGAUGAUGACUUUCUCACUUAUGGCGUAUGACCGUUAUUUGGCUGUGUGCCACCCACUGCACUAUAAUGUCCUAAUGACCAACGCAACAGUAAUCAAAGUUUUGAUCAGCUUUUCUGUGGCCUUGUUUCUCUUACUUUUGGUAACUUUUCUCUUAACAAUAAGACUUCCACUUUGUGGGACACAAAUCAAGAACAUUUUCUGUGAUAACAAUUCAAUUUUUAUCUUGGCCUGCACGGACACGUCUGUGAAUAAUAUAUAUGGAACAAUUCUUGCCAUUGGGCUCUUAGGUUCCAUGUUGAUAAUCAUUGUCUUUUCCUAUGUGCGGACCUAUAUUGCCUGUCUUGGAUUGUCUAAAGAGUCACGCCACAAGGUAUUGUACACCCUGGCCACACACUUGAUUAUUUUUUCGGUUUUCUUCCUUGGCUUUUUCUUUAUGUUCAUCCGACACAGAGUGGGCAGCAUGAACUUACCUGUCAGCGCCCAUGUUGGGUUAUCUAUGCCUGCCCUUGUGGUUCCUCCACUCAUGAACCCUCUCAUUUUUGGGGUAAGGACGAAGGCCCUGAAAAUAAAAAUGGGUCACCUUUUUAAAAGUUGGAUUGACUUCUGA